AUGGCGCGCCUUCCCCUAGUCCUCCUCCUCCUCGUCUUCAUCACCGUCUCCGCCGUGAUGGUAUCAGCCGCUGAUAAACCACCGUCGACGUCCACCGCCGAAGCUCCCGCCGCAGCAACUCCAACCGAUGUACCGGAGGUUCCAGCUGGAGACGAAAACGCCAUAGGAACAACCGACAACGAUGCAGCUGCUACUCCCGGAGAUGAUGACGUGGCGGUCGCAGGUCCUAUAGGAAGCGAUUCUUCAUACGCAAACUAUCCGCCGGCUCAAGAAACUUCCGGGAGCUGUGUCACAUGCACCAUUGGUUUUGUUAUUAUCUCUGCUGCGACCGUUGGAUCGCUCUUCUUAGUUUUCUGA